AUGGCAGUGACGCAGACGGACUCUAUCGAGGAUGAAUUCCAACAGGGCUUGCAGGAGGUGGGGGAGAUGAGGGACAAAUACGAGCGCCUGCUGGCAGCCGUGGCGGACGCACAGGAGAGAGCAGCAGAGUGUGCGGAGGCGCUGCACCAGCUGGCGGCGGUGGUGGCGGAGGCGUUUGGCGGCGUGGAGGAGGGCGGCGCCGGGGACACCCUCGUGGCCGCCGCUGCUGUGGAUGGCCGCCUGGCCGAGCUGCUCUACUUCUACAGCCUGCACUUGCAGCAGACACUGGCGGAGCCGGCAGAGGCGCUGCUGGGGGAGAUGCAGCACGUGGUGGAAACGAAGGAGCUCUACGAGCAGAAGAGACCGACGGCUUGGCUGUUGCUGUCCCCUGUUCCCACCCCACCUCUUCCCUGCGCCCCCAACGUGUGGGCGAGCAGGAAGGCGCAUGCAGCAGCGGCAGUGGCGGCCAAGGCAAGGCGCAGAGAGGCGGCCGCCAUGGGCGCAGGGGGGGGCGCAGGGGGGGAGGCAGAGGGGGCGGGGGGGCCGGAGGAGGAGGAGGCGGCGGCGCGGGAGGAGUUUGACGAGGUGGCGAUGACGCUGGGGUGCCGCAUCCUGGCGCUGCAGCAGCGCCAGCCGCGCCUGCUGCUCACCCUCGCCGUCAAACACCACGCCGCCAAGGUGGGCCACCUGUGCCGCCAAGGUGGGCCACCUGUGCCGCCAAGGUGGGCCACCUGUGCCGCCAAGGCAGACGCGAUGCUUUCACGGUGUGUUGCCCCGCCCCUGCACCCACGAUCUCCUCUUCUUGCACAACACGACCCCUCCGCUUCUCCUCCUUUUUGCCCUGCCGUCCCGCAGGUGCGGUGGGUGCGGGGCAGUGCAGGGGAGCUGCAGCGAGUGCAGCCGCACAUGCUGCACGUGCUGGACGACCUGGGCCUGGUGCACACACCGCUGCUGGCGCCCGUCGCACAGGGGGACGUGGACGAGUGGGGCGACGAGGGGGGGGCAGGCAGUGCAGUGGGCGCGAGGCAGAUCUGCCUCGAUGCCUUGAGCGUGCCACCCGCAUCACCUCACGCCCCAGCUCAAGGCCUCGCCUCUCCCCCCUCCCCCCAGCACGCACACCCCUCCACACCCGCACACAUCGCUGCCACCGCUCCUGCUGCCCCCGCCCCCUCUGCUGCCUCUGCACCACAUGCGCCUGCCACGCCUCCUGCUGCACCCGCGCAUGCACCGCCACCCAUCCCGCCCUCCACCUCCACGGCACCUGCGCCCUCCCCUGUCAUGCCGCCCGCCCCCACCUCUGUCAGGGCAGAUGCCCCUGGCCCAGGGGGGGUUGGGCGAGGCAACGCGGUGAGUGGCGGCACAAGGAGCAUGCCUCGCAGUGUGGGCGAGGGAGCAGGCAUGCAAUCAGGAGGCGUGCUGCAGCAGCCACAAGUCCAUGGAGACUCGCCCACAGCACCACCACCACCACCGCCGUCGCAGGGCCGGCAUCGCAGCAGCAGCAGCACGGGGGCGGGGGGAGCAGCGCGGCCAUUGCUGGGGGCGUCCAAGUCGGGUCCCAUCUCUGCCGCCGCCUACCUGGGCGCUCUCGCUGCCUCUGCUGCACCUCUGGGAGGGCCGCUUGUUGCUGCAGCCGCCACAGGGGGGGCCAUGGGGGCAGCAGGCAGCAGAGGGGCGGCAGUACCGAGGGGAGCGGGUGCAGGCAGGGCGGGGCGGGGCAGAGCGCCUGACAUGGAGGCGUGUGCAGCGCAGAUGUGGGGCCCUCUCCCCCGCCCGGAGUCCUUGCAGGGGCCUUGGCGCAUAGUCUCUGCCGCCCCACCCACACCGCCUGCACCUGCACCACCGCCACCUGCUGGCCCUGCCACCGCUGCUGCUGCCGGGUCUAAGCCCACCCCAGGCGGCGCCAAGCCUACGCCUGGCGGCCCUUUGAUGCCAGUCUCAGCGCAGGGGGCUGCUGUGGGUGCUGGCAUGGGGGCAGGGGCUGGGCAAGGUGCAGCAAGCGGUGGCACUGGUGGAUCAGCAGCAGCAGCAGCAGCCGCAGCCGGUAGGGGACGGGGAGCAGGGGGUGGUGGUGGGGGCGUGGGCAGCAAUGCGCCAAGGGCGCGAGUGAGCAUGUCGGGACCCAUUCUGCGCGGCUCCUACCCCUACGGCACAGCAACCCUCUCACCCCGACCCAUGCUCGCCACAGCCACCGCUCUGCCCACUGCGCCUUCUGCUGCUGGAAGCUCCACGCCCUCUGCACCCAACCCCUCGUUGCCCUCCCCGCCAGCGCCAGCACCAUCAGCACCACCAGCACCAUCAGCAGCAGCAGCAGGAGCAGCAGGCAGAGCCCCAUCUGCGGUGCCUGCCGCCCUGCGCGUGCCACAGACCUCGUCUCUGAAGACUCCUGGCAGCACCGUGCAUGCGCUUGUGUCCCCCCGUCCCUCCGCCGCUGCACCUGCUCCGUUCCACCUCGCCCCCUCGCAUGCGACCCAUGUCGCCCCGGUGGGGGCGGGCAGCCGCGCAGUGAGUGGCCCCAUCACGCGCGGGUCGCUCUACUCCACCUUCGGCCUCAUGGCCGAUGCCCGCCCCGCCACCUCCACCACUGCUGCUGCUGCUGCUGCUGCUGCUAGGCAAAUAGCAGUUCCGGGAACAGCAGGGAGCAGUGGUGGGGCGAGUGGAGCAGCAGCAGCAGGGCGUGGCAGUGGUGGUGGGGUGAGUGCCGUGCGGCUGCACAAGUCGGGCCCCAUCGGCCCCUCCCAUCCCUACUACUCCUCCCUCACCCCCCUCUCCCCUCCUCGCAACAUGCCCCUUCACGCCCUCCCCCCUCCUCCCCUCGACAUCCCCCCCACUGCUGCUGCAACGGGUGCCGCUGCUGCAGGAGGCAUCGAAGGUACAGAGGGUGCCGGUGCUGGAGGUGGGGAUGGGGCAGGCAAGGGGAGUGCGGACAGCAGAGCUGGGGGCAGUGGCAGCGCAGGAGUGGCAGGUGGGCAGGGGCAGGCGUCCCCUGCUGCCACCUCCUCCGUCCUGCAGCAUCACCACGGCCGCCCGCCACCCAUCGGUGCAGGGGGAGGGGUGGGAGGAGGGGGCACGGCAGGGCGGGCGCGGGUGGGGGGGGCGUCGCGCAACCCAUCGGUGGCAACGAUCAUGUCGGAGGGCAGUGAGGAGGGCGGAUCCAGCACCAGCAGCAUUGCCACCUCGCCUGCUGCUCGCCCUGUGCCCUCCUGA